UGAUAUUUAGUGUUUUACUGUUCUCACUACACGAGAGACACAAUGCCUGGUGUUACACCAAAACAACCCAGUGAGGAAAAGCCGUUCCGUCUUCAGUGGCUCAACUCGUGCUACCAACAGACAUUGUUGCCAGAUGCACCAUGGCACAAGAUUGAAAAAGUGAUUGCUCAAGACUUGGCUAAAAAAGCUGAGAAGCAGUUUGGUCAUGCAGAUAGGAAGGAAGCAUUGCUGGAGGUCCUGGGAGUGGACUUCUUACAGCAGUACCUGCCUGCUGUCAAACAGAAUCCUCAGCUUUUGGAACCACCGAACAUGACUGCUGAAGAGCGACAGAGAUUGAUGAUUGAAGCUCAGUCGUGGCUCAACAGUCAGAUGUACAAAGCUGUCAAAGAGCUGGGAUAUGAGAGGAUGCUUGUUGAAGUGGCUCCUGGUGAUAAGUCUCCAGCAGGUUACUCUGAGUUCUUGCAGCAUUCAUUUGGUGUGUUUAUUAACGGACUUGAUCGAGAGCUGUAUUUGCAGGAAGAACAAAUGGCUAAAAAGAAGAAAGAGGAUCUGGCCAACAAAAAAAGAUUUCCUGAUUUUAAAGUGCCAGCUCCGAGUCGGGUGAAGCCAGUUUCUGCGACAUCAGGAGACUCGGCGGCCACCACCGUGAAACCGUCCACUCGCCAGAUCAAAAGUCAAGUGCAAGACCUAGAAGGUGAUCCUCCUCCACUGUGGGGUCCUCAGAGUGACGCGAUAGGUAGCUCUAUUGUAGCCAUCUUGGAGAGAGAUCCGCGCAAGUUCGAGCAUGUGGCAGGUCGACUUCAUGGCAGACAGCUCCCGGGCAAACUACGGUCGUACAUGUGGGCUGACGUCCUAUUCAGAAAGGAGAGAAAGAAAAUGAAGGAAGUCUAUGUUGAGAAAUUGAUACGAGAGAGGUUUGCUCAUGCUGUCACCCGUGGUUUGAAUGAGCUGAGACUGAAAAGACCGACACAUUCUCCCAUCAACGGCUUGAUUGAAAAUGCAGUUAUUGAGAUUUAUGCAAACACUACAUGCAUGGCAGCCUACAAGCAAGGCGACCACAUGAAGGAAACUGCUCGUGGUUUGAAUGUCUUAUAUGUGUACGAUCGGAGUUACGAGCCUUACCUCAUACACUGGCUGUUCCCUCUCCAGCUGGCUUUCAGAAACACCACUCAGAUUUCCUUAGAUAAAGGGGAACAUGUGUUUGAACUGGCUAUGUACCUGGAUCUUUUGAACACCAACUGUUUUCCGACGUGGCCGCAGGUGUUUGCAAUUGCAGAGCAGGUCAUGAACACAUUGCAACAGAGUGAUCCUGAGUUACACGACCAUCUCAAGACUAUAUCCAGUGUCAAUGUCAAGGUCAAUCCAAAGGAGUUCCUAGUUCAGCUAAUUCAUGAAGAAAAGGCUAAAGCAGAGGCCCUGUUGAAAGCGACACCCGGAACAGUGAAGGCUGAAAACAUGUCUGGUGAACUGCUGGCUGACCCACUCAUCUUUUUAAGGAGAUGGAUUGGAGAAGGUUUCGUCAGUGUGUUGGAUGCCCCAGGAGUCAUGUAUGUGUGGGAUCAGUGCUUCAUGCAGGGCUGGAGACAUUCAGUUUUACAGAAUUUCUGCCUGUCACUGCUCGAACUCCUGCGCUAUAAGUUCAUGGAAGCUCACGAUUAUGUGGAAAUGAAACAGGUAUUUUUUUACGAACCAUGUAAACUAUAUACCUGUGAUGUGCAAGCUUCCUGGAUACAUUUGGAGAAUGGUAAAGAUUUGAUGGAAGUCCCUUACCAAAACAGACAAAGACCUUUGACCCCAGACACAAGACAGACUCCAUCAUCUGUGACCCACAGCCCUGUCCCAGGCUUCCUGAGUCCGUGUGGGAUUAAAGAUAUCAGGAUAAAACUUGUCGUCCCAUCAGAGUCUGUCAAAAAGGAAUCGUGGCUGGCACAGGUAGAUGCUUCCAACCUGAAGAUGUUUGUUGGAGUUUACUUUGGCAGUAUCAAACUGCGUUCUCGCCUUUCACUGAGCAGCUUCGUGGUUAGCAGUGCCAGUAGUGACAAUUACGGCAAUGUCGUCUACCAGCUCGUCCUGUCACAGGAGAAAUUUGUUUAUGAAAAUCUGGAUCUGUCACAGUACGAUGUCGAACGAGAACUCGGAGCCUAUCCGUAUGCCAUUUUGAGAUUGGAAUACCACAGACGAGACAUGCAGGAGUCUGAAAGAUUGACCCCAGUUGCUGUUGGUUGGGCUCGCAUUCCUCUGUACAGGAGAGGUGGGGGAGGGCGAGCAUCUGCUGAACCGGUGUGGAACUUGUUAGCUGGUCGACACCCCUUCACCCUUCACCCUGGAGAAAUAUCUGAGUCAUUUCUUACUGCACAACCUCGAACUCCAUCAGAAAGAACAGAAGAUGGUUUGAUUGGUUACAACUCUGAGUUGAGUGCUGUAGUCUAUGACCCACGAAACAAGCCAUUUGAUGAUGAGUCGCCACGAGGUUUGUCACCCGCUCAAUCCAUCACACCACAAGUUCCACCCCUCGAUACACGGCAGAAGCCUCCAGUCAUUUCUCCAAGAAAGUCUGUCGUGCUUCUCCCCACACCAUCACCGAGCCCAGCUCCUGUGCAGCAAGCCACCCCAAGUCCAGACCUAGAUGAAGACAACAAACCCUGGGUGGCGCACGUCACGCAGGCAGCUGCCCGUAACCCGAAACCCACCUCUAACACUGAACCGUUUGAUCUGUACAUUGACGGGGUCCGUUUCAUUCCGGACAAUGCUACUAUUGUCAAGGUGACUGGUAGGAUUCUGAAGACAGGUGAAAUAGGAGACCUGCCUGACAUCCUGGCUGUUCCAGACAUUGACAGUCCAGCCCGGUCACCUUGCUUCAGCUAUAGGAUGACCAUCAAUUCUGAAGCCAAGAACUGCGACCCCAACACCCUUCUGCUGAUCAGAGUGUACACCGUUGACAUUGUUACUGAGCGAAUUGUCGUAAUAGGGAGCUGUUUGUUUUCGACAUUUAAUGUUCGUGGAAAGAAAGGAGCGUUGCGGGUUGGAGGUCACCAGUUGCGACUGCGGAGUGGAAUGCCAGAUCUAAAGAAAGGUGUAGUUGGUCUAAAGUCCAGCGACUUGGAUGGUGCGACCGCCAUACCAUCCUGUUCCGUGCUCAUCAGGCUGCUUCCACAUGUCAAGGAUCCAAUAAUAGCCCCAAAGUAUUCAAUGGGGUAUUAUUUCUCAGACAGUUGCCGUCCAAGCAUCUCGGAGGAGCGGAUAUUCCGGAGUUACAGUGUCAGCAUGCAGUAUCCCAAAAAUGAGAAGGAGAUGAUAAUUCGCCUGCAACAGAUUGAGGGAGUUGACAUUGGUAGGACAGACUCGGCUUUGUUGAGUUGGCUCAAGGAUCGGCUUGACAUCAGGAAACAGCUGCCUGCUAACCAGCCGGCCGCUCACCUCAGCUUGAUCAGAUGUGUCCGCUACCGAGUCAGUACGGGACUCAAUAUCAAGAUCAACCAGGCUUUCGGUCUGCCCGAUGGGUACCUGAUUGAAUGUUUGGCACGAAUAGCUCCAGGUAAAACUGUGCUGGGGACACAAACUUCAGACGGGUCAUACAGCCAGGACGCCAAGUUUGUCACCCUGAAACACAUCUAUGAAAGUACGCUGCAAGCUCCAGCAUGGGCCGAUGAGCCCAAGGAACUGCAUCCCUCAUUGGAUCCAUUCAGCUGUCUGAUAAUCCAGGUGUUUGGACUGAAAGUGAUGUAUCAGCCCCGCCCUGAUCACAAGAGUCCAGGAAAACUGUUGGCAGCUGAUGGCACAGAACUAGAGUUGAGGGAUGAACAUGUCCUGGGCUGGACUGUAGUUCCACUGUUUGACGGUAACUCUGUUCUGAUGGGCACCCACAAUGUUCCAGUGAUGAAGGGCAGUCCAUCGGCAGACAUUCUCGAAGAGCUGACCACCUGCUCCAUCCAGUCGGUCUUAGAGAGGCGCAUCUGGAACUCGGACAGUCGAUUUGACUCUGGUAGUCUGACAUUGACACUGUGGGAUGGUCACUAUGACUUUCAAGAAAUUCCAGAAUUAUUAAACUAUGACUAUCUUUUGGAGACUGUUGGAAAUUUAGAUGCGUAUAAAAAAGCUCGCGACCAGCCGUCAGGGCGUAGAAUAAACAGUAUUGUCAUGGACAGCCUCGAACCCAAGUACCGGAAACAAAGCAUAAAGGGUGCCAUCUUUCAGAAGGAACUGUCGUUCUUUGAAACUGUGGUGACAAAAACAUUUUAUGAUUUGAUGGAAAAUGCUAUGAUGAAUGCAGGAUAUGGACCACUGUGAAAUGUUUUAACAGACCUAAAAAUUUGGAGCAGGAUUUUAUAGUUUGUCUCCCAGUGUUUCGUUGUAUUAGGUCAUAGGAACAGAAUGUUUCUAAUCAUGAAUUGAUUACAUUUUAUUUUCCAGUAAUACUUACAUUUGCAUUUUAUUCACUCAUCUUAAUUUUAUAAAAUGAUAUUAAUGUUAUAAUAUCAUUCAAAUUUGGAAAAACAAAUAAAAAUUAAAUAAUUUAAAAUUAAUACUUUACAUCCACAUGUGCUAAAAACAAAGUAUAGAUUUGUUUUUAGAAAAGAGUGAAGUAGUGAAAACAGGGAUGGUCGUAACACUAGAUAAAAAAUAAAGAUUUUUUUUUAAGUGGAUUGAAAAGCAGGAGUUGCUUUAAGUUUUUCAUCAAAGAACAAAGACAGGAACUGGUUUUAGAUCCUGAUAAAAUCUGGAAUUCUGAAACAAUUUGGAGGAUUUCCAUUCUCUGUGAAAGGAAUUAUUCAUUUUCAGUCGGAGCUACAGACGGUUAUAAAUGUGUUUCAAAAAUCAUCGCUUUAGCUGUUUACAGUUCUAUUUUUAGGUUAAAAUAAAGUUUUACAGGUAUGGGCUCUACAAUAAUUGUGGACUCUUAGUAUGACUGACUCCAUAAUCAGACAAAUUAUGACAGACGAUCUUUUAUAUCAAAUGUUCUUAUUUUAAUUGUUUGACUGGUUUGUAUGAUGUGCAUUUGAAUAUACGGUAUGCUGUAGUGAUCUGACUUGAAAAGAGACAUUUCUUAGUUGCAUGUAUUAGGUAACUAAUGCUAAAAAAAUGCUUCCAUGACAGAGACUAAAAUGGUGACACGGUCAAGUGGUUUAACGUUCACAUUCAGAGCAAGUGGUUAUAGUGUACGCCUGUCAUGGUCACAUGUUCUGGCCACUGCCAGCUCCUUCGUCCAAGACAGGAUAAGAUGACAACAUGGAACCCUCCCAAGUAUAUUGGUAUAGCUAUUCAUUUGCUAUAUCCCCGUCAGUAGGCCCAUUGGGUUAUUUCUCGUUCCAGCCAGUGCACCACGACUGGUAUAUCAAAGGCUGUGGUAUGUGCUAUCCUGUCUAUGGGAUAGUGCAUAUAAAAGAUCCCUCACU